CCGCUAUGGAAGUGACAUACAUAUGUAUGUCACCUUGGAAUGUGCACACACUACUACACUACGUGCUGUAGCUCAAUCCUCGACAGUUGUGCAAAGGGUAAUAAAACUAGAGAGAUCAAAAGAAUCCCAGCGGGGGAGUACAGAAACGACAUCCCCAGCACCAUCUCCGGGUAUGCUAGCGACUUGUCCUCGCAAAACGGCCAACCCAACCCUGCGUCCGCAAAUGCAUCACGGGUCGUUGCAGCUGAAACUGACCCUGGCACAGACGCGCGAGGAGCGGCAAGGAUGGCAGAGGAGAGAAGCGGUCAGCCAGUCAGUCAGCCAGUCAGUCAAUCGAGGUCUUCAUUUGAAGGCACUGCAACAGCCAGCCAUGUUCUCCGGCUGGCGGCAUCAACGGUAGACGGGCGCAAAGCAAGAGAUGAAAGAGGGAAAAGAAAGAAAAAAAAAAAAGAGCGACGGAAAAUACAAAAAGAAAGAAAACAAAAAAUACAAGGCGAAUAUAGCAGAUGGAGGGAGAGAAAGAGUUGGUAGAUGUCCUGCCAGCACAUACGUGGUUGCUUCUGCUGCCAAUCAAUGCAUGAACCAGCUUGGCCAAUCCGGGAGAGAUCUUUAAUGUCCCCUAAUAUAGGUAGCUCAAAUACUGUUCUUGGAUGAUUAACCGGGGGGAGGGGAGAGAGGGAAGAGGAGAAGGGGUCCGUGUCGCGGGGACAUGGAUCCUCAGCCCGGUGGCCAACCAUCGCCACCAUGUCUGUGUCGUACCUCUCAGUGUGUCUGUGACACCCUCUGCUUAAG